AAUCGAAGGUCAAACUGACGCGUAAUAGUUUCGUGUGCAGACCAACCGCCAGGUCACCGUAAACCCUUGUGACACCAGUGAGCCGUGUGCAAAACCACCCUACAUAAACCUCCCCAAGGCUCUCGUUCACUCCAAACACAGCGCCUAAAGCUUCACUUUGUUACUUAACGAUUCGAUUUCAUCACCACCUUCUACAACAUGAGCGGAAAGGGUAAGUAGCUAACUGUACAUCCAUUUAGUUAUGUUACCAUGAUUCAGCUUAAUAUGUUAACUUGUUUACAUCUUAGUUUUUCUCUGAUGCUUGUAGUGUAUACACAGAGUAGUCAGUGGUGAAAGCGCUGCAUUGUCAUUGUCAUUCAUAUUGUGUUGUGGGAACUGGGAACACAGUCUACUGAUGAAGGAUUUUUUUAUGUUUUAGAUAUAAACGUACUUUUAUUUUCUGUGCCCCUUUUUUUCAAGCCUAAAAAUCAUGGACGUCAAUUGCGUAGGGUAGUGUAGGUCAUCCCCCCCCCCCAACCCCUUUUCCGCUCCCUUUUGAUUUUGAAGGUAUUUUAUUUAAAUUGGUAAAAUUGAUAUGUACUGUGGCGCCUCCAGUAACAACUAAAUAAGCCGAUCAAGUUUUGAUUACUUUUGCCGCCACCCCCCACCCCCACCUGAAAAAAAACCUGAAAUGAUAACCCUGCUAAACAUAUCUUGGUCCACAAUUUAUUUGUUGUCAUCACUGGCCCAUUUAGUGUUAUAAAAUAUCCACCGGAUCAGAGUAACCUAAUCAAGCUAUUUAUAAUGGAUCUGCCCCUUUGUACUUGUACCGUCUGGUUCUCAUCUGACUAGAUCUAGUUGUUCUUUCUGACUGCAUGUUACAUAGAGUGGUCAUCAAUGUAAACGACAAUGUACUAAAAUGGGCAAAGGAAAUUUUCCUCCAUCUUAAUGUAUUUUUUAAUAAUAUAUAUGGAUAAUUCCCCGCCCCCCCCCCCCCCCCGGUCUUACUCAUUGCUGUUAUUUACUAAGGCUACAGUCUUAUAAGGCUAUAGCUUAUGCAGUGUGCACUUUAACAGGGGAGCCUACUUCAUUAUCUAUAUUAUCACUAUAAAAUAGUUGAUGUGUUCAAUAGAUUUCGACCAAAGAUAAAUAUGUCUCUUUAUCAGAAAUUAUUUGUGUUCUCAAUUUUAAAGUUAAUUAGGCUAACCAUUAAGCCUGUAUUUUGAAGUAAGGUCUAUAUUUAAGCCUGUAUUUUGAAGUAAAGCCUAUAUUUUAGCCUCUAUUUUGAAGUAAGGCCUAUAUUUUAGCCUGUAUUUUGAAGAAAAGCCUAUAUUUUAGCCUCUAUUUUGAAGUAAGGCCUAUCUUUUAGCCUCUAUUUUGAAGUAAGGUCUAUAUUUUAGCCUGUAUUUUGAAGUAAGGCCUAUAUUUUAGCCUCUAUUUUGAAGUAAGGCCUAUAUUUUAGCCUGUAUUUUGAAGUAAGGUCUAUAUUUUAGACUGUAUUUUGAAGUAAGGCCUAUAUUUUAGCCUGUAUUUUGAAGUAAGGCCUAUAUUUUAGCCUGUAUUUUGAAGUAAGGCCUAUAUUUUAGCCUGUAUUUUGAAGUAAGGUCUCUAUUUUAAGAAGACAAUAACACCAAACACCACAUGGGACCACUAUUUUCAGUGUCUGAGCACUUGCCUGCUUAUCCAUUUCAUUACGUUUUCCAUUUAUUUACAAGUGUAUCAUUGUACUUUGUGCUACUUCUUUUUUAAUUGCAAAUAGUACCAAAAAAAAUCCUUAUGUGAUUAGCAUUCUUUUUUUUUUUGAAUUAGAUAAAUUGAGGUUGACUAUAAAUUGCCUGUAAAUAUAUACACAUCGCUUAACCUAAGAUAAACCAAAACCACUGGCUCAGUGGUUUCUUAUAUUUUUUUACUCUAUGAAAAAGUGGUUCAGAUGGAAGCAUUAAAAUAUUCUGGCGGAUUAAAAGUAUCUUAAAAUUUUCUUUAAAAAAAAAUUUUCCUACAUUUACUUCCAGGUUUUUAAAAUGAUAUUAUUGGCACAAAAUCUUCUGGCUUCCUACUGACCGAUUUUUGCAUGUUUUGUUUCUAGGACCCAACUGUACCGAGGCCUGCACUGGCGAACAAUGCACUUGUGGUGACAGCUGUAAGUGUGGUGAGGGCUGCAACUGCCCAAGCUGCAAGACAUGCAAGUGUUCAGGUGAUUUACGUUUUAUCUAACAAAUACUAACAACAUUAUGAGAUAGGAUUUCCCAAAUUUUACCGAUUCUAAUAGCCAGGAACUGUCAUGUGUUAUUGCGCAUUUCCAGUGUCCAUAUCCACAACACAGAAGUGGGUUAGGCUCUUGCUCUUUAAAGGGGAAUAAUUUACAAAAGAAAUGCAGGGUAUUUAUUGGUAUUAAUUCCCUUGAAAACACAACUAUAACGGUAUAUAUAAUAAUGGGCACCAAAGGUCAAGAAGACCUCUACAUAUAUUUUUAUUUUUUUUUUUUUUUAAUUUUUAUUUUUUUUUUUUUUUUUUUUUAUUUUUUUUUUUUUUUUGGUUGUAAAUUAGCUAUUUAUAGCUUUAAAUAUAUGAUAAUGUAGAAUGGAAUUUUUUGGGGGUUAAAUUUGAUAUAGGUACCAGAUCUCUGUCUCAUCAACAUUGUAUAUGGAUCAUCACUCUAAAUAUGACAUCACAUCACUUAAAAAAUAAUUAUUUAGCCAUUUUGUUAGAUUAUUUGACUAAAAUAAGUUGCUGAUUUGGAAUGAUAUGCCAUUGAUUUGUGUAGUGUUCUUGUUUUCUUAAAAUAUUUGAUUUUUCUUUUCAAAAUCUAAUAACAAGUGUCUGUUCAUGUCAUCUUCUCAAACCUGUCAAUUUCAAAAUAAUCCUACUUUGUCUAUGCAUAUUUUUAUGUCCCAUUAAUCCCAUGCACUUACUGCACACAAUUAAUUCUUGCAAUAAUCUGCUCAGUCAGCCAUCUGCGCACCCACAGCCAAGUUCACAAUUAUCAUAUACAAUGAUAAAGGUGGUCAUAGUUGAUUUUGACUGACAAACUAUAUUUAAGUUUCUGUAAGGUUAUACUCUGAAAUUAUCAUAAUAUGUACAUUAACACUGUGCAUCAUGACAAUUGUUAAAUAAUUUUAACCAUUUGAUUUCAGCUGAAGAUUGCAAGUUAAAUAAUUGUAACCCUUUGAUUUCAGCCGAAGAUUGCAAAUGUGAUGCAGGUAGCAAAGGAACUGGAAACUGUAAAUGCUGAAUGUCUUGGUCAAGUUGUGGGAGAUGAAACCUCGUGAGACUGAGACAAGUUGGAUGAUGAGCUGCAAGAGAAGACGGAACUUUGUACAUGGAAUGAUAGAUGUUAGCAAGUGGUGUAUGAAAGCAUAGUGGAUGGCAUUAUAAAACUUGUCCGAUUUCUUUCAUUCAUCAAUAAAAUACCAAUUUUUAAAAAAAAUAUAAUAUAUUUCUUAAAAUCAAAACUGUUAUAUAGUCUACUUACACUUUUAAUAAUAUACAUUUCUCUAAAGAAAAAGGUUAAAAAGAUUUGUAUUCUUUGUCCUAUAAUUAAUUCAAAUGGUUAAAAUAAAAAUAUUGUGUAACAUAACACUACACAAAAAAAAUGCAAGGCAAUGCAAAUAGCAAUACAAUUUUGCAUAUAAAUUAUGUUCUUAAUUAUUUGCAUUUAAUAAAACUAUCAUUUUAGUCAUCCUGCAUCUUUUUGUGCAAGUUCACUUGUGGAUUUUUAUUAUUGGCUAUGUAUUGAUAUUAUUUAUGUGACGUAAAUUAUUGUAUAUUAUUGAUUUAUUUCAGGCAUUAUAAAAAAAAAAAAGAAAGAAAAAGAAAGGUGAUUCAACAUUUCGAAGGGAUCACUGAUUAUAACAAAAUAAAAUGUUUUUCAAACAUAUUCAAAUAUUUUUUGCUUUUUUUUUAAAAUAAAAUCUUUGAUGUUUUCAUUAAAUAGUUUCUCAUGGCCUUAUUUUUAGAUUGGAAUUUUAGACUGUAAAAUAUUUAAUUUGGGGAAACUUUUUAAAUGUACUCUGUUAUCAACAUUUGUUACAUAUAAAAACUAGAUUUGGUCAGGUUUGUAAUAGCCUCCUCAAUUCCUUAUGUGCCUAGUAAAUCUUACACACAUGAUGAAAGAUAUGAAAGAGCAUUUCUAAGUUGAGCAUUCACCGUGGAUGUAUUUACAUAUACACAUUUAUCUACUGUAAUCCCCUUUGGCUAAUUUUACAAGCUAGCUGGCUGUCAGUGUCAGUGAAGCCUAGUUCCCAAUUGGGGGAACAUGACAUGGUGGGUCAACAUGUAUGGUGCUGAAAAAAUGUACAGGAAUCCAUCGGUUUUGCUAGUUAGCCUUUUGAAUAGCCCAUGUGAGAUCUUUAAGUAGGCAUAUCUAGCGGUGGAUGUGGAGACCAGGGUUCCUAGACUUGUUGUUUGUUAUCUCGAAAAAAUUGCCAACUUUUAAGGGUUUAACUAGACGGCUUCCCCUUUUUAUACUGGAUAUGUGGAAAUAUAUACACCACCAGUUCUACUUGAUGUUUUAUGUGACAAUUUGUCCGUUUUAAAACCCAUAUUUCUGGUCCGUCGAAAUGUGUACC